ACCUGGAGAGAGAGAGAACCGGGUCUUCAGUCUCGAACCGGUGGGCCGGAGGGAAGGAGCUCCGUGACCCUGAAUCUAUUUCGCAAUUGUUCGCCGCACACAUAUAUCGUCUUCCAUUCUUCGAAUUUUCGGUUCCUCUCGUUCUCGAUUCUUCUAUCCCAUCUUUCCUCGUUUCCGAUCGGGAAUCUGUACGUCGAGGAAGCCCCGUGGAUUCGUUAGGCGAGACCGAUUCCAAGAAUACACCGUUCGAUCGAGUGUGGUUACGAGAAGGACUCGCCGAGCCGGAGAGCAGAUAUCUCGUGGAUCGUUUGUGCAAGUGAAUUCUCGUCGAGCCUGUCCGCCGCAGGAGCUUCAGUGGUGUUACAUGUAACCAAGGGGAGCACGAGGAUCACGACGCGGAACCCAGGAGCCACCAAACAGAUAAUAUGCUGAUAAGAGAAUUGGCGACCGUGUGGGUCGCCGUCCUCUUGUGCCAUCUUCAGCUAACGGAGUCUCAGGUCCCCGCCACGAACGUCUUCACCUGUCCGAACGGAUGGGAACUGAGGGGCAUACACUGUUACAAAUUCUUCAACAUCAGGCACUCCUGGGAAAAAGCAGCAGAGCUAUGCAGAAGGUACGGCAGCGAAUUGAUGGUAGUGGAGUCGUACAGCGAGAACAACAUGUCCGCGAGCAUGAUCGGCCGGCAUUUGGAUCGUUACUGGCUGGGGCUGGCCUCCCUCGACGAUUUACGGACCAACACGCUCGAAUCGGCGGCAGGAAUGCUCGUCUCCCAAUACGCCGGUUUCUGGGCGUCGAAGCAACCGAAUCCUCAAUCAGGUGAAUGCGUGGACGUCGCCUUGACGGACGACCGGCAGACGUGGGAGCUGACCACGUGUGAAUCACUGCUUCCGUUCAUGUGCCGCGCCAACGCCUGCCCCGCAGGCUCGUUCCACUGUUCGAACGGCAAAUGCGUGAACGCCGCGUUCAGGUGCGACAAACAGGACGACUGCGGCGAUUUCUCGGACGAAAUAGACUGUCCGGUUAACUGUCAGUUCUACAUGGCGAGCAGCGGGGACGUCGUCGAGAGUCCUAAUUAUCCGCACAAGUAUGCACCCCUCAGCAACUGCAAGUGGACCUUGGAGGGGCCCCAAGGUCACAACAUCCUUCUGCAGUUCCAAGAGUUCGAAACGGAGAAGAGCUUCGACAUAGUCCAGAUCCUGGUCGGCGGCAGGACCGAGGAGAAGUCCGUGAACCUGGCAACGCUCUCCGGCAAACAGGAGCUGAGCAACAAGCUGUUCGUGUCCGCCUCGAACUUCAUGAUCAUUAAAUUCAGCACGGACUCUUCCGUGGAGAGGAAAGGUUUCCGUGCUUCUUGGAAGACCGAACCGCAAACCUGCGGCGGUAUCCUUCGCGCGACGCCCCAAGGUCAGGUGCUGACUUCACCGGGAUAUCCGCAGAAUUAUCCCGGAGGUUUGGAAUGCCUAUACAUCCUGCAGGCUCAGCCGGGUCGUAUCAUGUCUCUGGAGAUUGAAGACUUGGAUCUCGAGAUGAAUCGUGACUACAUCCUUAUUCGCGACGGUGACUCACCGAUGAGCAGGCCGAUCGCCCGUCUCACCGGCAAAUCGGAGGAUAAUCCGACGGUGAUAAUGUCCACCGGUAACAGCCUGUACCUGUACUUCAAGACGAGCCUCGGCGACUCGAGGCGCGGGUUCAGCAUUCGGUACACUCAAGGAUGCAAGGCGACGAUCAUCGCCAGGAACGGGACCGUUCAGUCGCCGUCUUUCGGGCUGAACGAGUACCCCAACAACCAGGAGUGCUUGUACAGGGUCAAGAACCCGCAGGGAGGACCUCUGUCGCUGAAAUUCGUUAGCUUUAACGUUCAUAAGACUGAUUUUGUACAGAUCUACGAUGGUCCAAACACUAACGGACUUAGACUGCAUCCCGGAAACGGAUUCACAUCAAAUACUCGACCAAAAAUCACUCUCACUGCCGAAAGCGGAGAAAUGUUGGUACGGUUCACUUCUGACGCAUUGCAUAGUAGUCCUGGAUGGCAAGCGGAGUUCUCAGCAGACUGCCCGUACCUUCAAUCUGGCGAGGGUGCUCUCGCCUCUAGCAGAGACACUGCCUUUGGCACACCAGUUACAUUCUCUUGUCCCUUGGGUCAAGAAUUCGCGACUGGCAAGCUCAAAAUCACCACCGAGUGUUUGCCAGGUGGAAACUGGUCUGUCACUUAUAUUCCCAACUGCCAAGAAGUCUACUGCGGCCCCGUGCCUCAGAUUGACAAUGGGUUCUCCAUUGGAUCGUCUAACGUCACUUACAAAGGCCUAGCUACUUAUCAGUGCUACGCAGGAUUUGCGUUUCCUUCUGGUAGGCCUACUGAGAAGAUUUCGUGCAUGGCUGAUGGAAGAUGGGAGAAGAAACCUUCUUGCUUGGCUUCUCAGUGUUCGCCACUCCCGGAAGCUCCCCAUUCAAACAUCACUAUCCUCAACGGAGGCGGUCGCAGCUACGGGACGAUAGUCAGAUUCGAAUGCGAGCCGGGCUACGUCAGAAGCGGGCAUCCCGUGAUUCUCUGCAUGAGCAAUGGAACCUGGUCCGACGAGGUGCCAACGUGUUCCCGAGCUAAGUGCCCGUUGCUACCCACGAUCAAGAACGGUUUCGUGGUCGACACAAGUAGGGACUACUUUUAUGGCGACGAAGCCAGGGUUCAAUGCAACAGAGGCUACAAACUAUCUGGCUCCAACAUCAUACAGUGUGGGCCAAAUCAGCACUUCGACAACGUUCCCACUUGCGAAGAUAUAAACGAAUGCGCAUCCAGCCAGUGCGACUUGGCCUCCACCGAAUGCAUAAACAAUCCCGGUGCGUUCACCUGCAAAUGCAAACCAGGCUUUGCUCCGACUAUGGAGUGCAGACCUAUUGGGGAUCUCGGACUCAUCAAUGGCGGCAUUCCUGAUGAAUCGAUUACUGUUUCGAGUUCUGAGAAUGGGUAUACUAAGACGGGAAUACGUCUGAACAAUGGCGACGGCUGGUGCGGCAACAACAUCGAGCCAGGCACCAACUGGGUGAUGAUCGACAUGAAAGCUCCAACAAUCAUUCGCGGAUUCCGAACUCAAGUCGUGGCCAGGGUAGACGGCAACAUAGCUUAUACCUCGGCAGUUCGAAUUCAGUACACGGACGACCUGACGGAUGUCUUCAAGGACUACACGAAUCCCGACGGCACACCGGUGGAAUUCAGGAUCUUGGAACCUACCCUUUCUGUCCUAAACUUGCCAGUGCCUAUCGAGGCUCGGUACGUGAGGUUCAGAAUACAGGAUUACAUCGGGGCGCCGUGCAUGAAACUCGAAAUCAUGGGCUGCACUCGCCUGGAGUGCACCGACAUGAACGAAUGCGCGGUGAACAACGGCGGCUGCCAUCAGAAAUGCAUCAACAACCCUGGCAGCUACGCCUGCAUGUGUAACACUGGCUACGAGUUGUACAAAGGAAACGGCACAGCCGGAUUUCACAUUGAAAAGUACGAGACCGGUGAAAGGGACGGGGAUCUGUAUCAGAAGAACAAGACCUGCGUGCCUGUUAUGUGUCCUGCUCUGUCUGCGCCGGAGAAUGGCAAGAUCUUGUCGACUAAACAACAGCAUCACUUCGGAGACCUCGUUAAGUUCCAAUGUAACUUCGGUUACGUGUUGUCCGGUUCCUCAGCCGUCAUCUGCACAUCCAGCGGAGUUUGGAAUGGCACCACACCAGAGUGUCAAUAUGCCAAGUGCGUAUCUCUGCCUGACGACAAAAACGAGGGACUAUCGGUAGUCCGCAGCGACGAGGCAAGCGUGUUGGUGCCUUUCAAGCAGAACGUCACCCUGAAAUGCGGCAGUAAUGGCAGAUACCUUCGAAACACAGCCACGUCCGGUUUCCGGCAGUGCGUCUACGAUCCCAAACCCGGUUUACCAGAUUAUUGGCUCUCGGGAUCUCAGCCAGCCUGUCCUAGAGCUGACUGUGGAAAGCCUUUGCCUACUCCUGGAGCUGAAUACGGCCAAUAUCUGGACACCAAGUACCAGUCCUCUUUCUUCUUCGGUUGCCAGGACACGUUCAAGCUCGCCGGACAGACCAACCGCCACGAUAACGUCGUCAGGUGCCAAGCUAACGGCAUCUGGGACUUUGGUAAUUUGAGAUGCGAAGGUCCAGUUUGCGAGGAUCCUGGCAGACCGAGCGAUGGCUACCAAGUGGCCAGAAGCUACGAGCAGGGAUCCGAAGUUCAGUUUGGCUGCAGCAGGCCAGGGUACAUCCUCAUCAAUCCCAGACCCAUUGUUUGCGUCAGAGAGCCGGAGUGCAAGGUGGUGAAGCCUCUAGGCUUAGCUUCCGGUCGCAUCCCGGACUCCGCCAUCAAUGCAACUUCCGAAAGGCCGAACUACGAAGCGAAGAACGUUCGCUUGAACUCCGUGACCGGUUGGUGCGGCAAGCAAGAGGCGUUCACUUACGUCAGCGUCGAUCUAGGCCAGGUUUAUCGAGUAAAAGCGAUUCUGGUGAAAGGCGUGGUCACGAAUGACAUCGUCGGAAGACCCACGGAGAUCAGGUUCUUCUACAAGCAGGCUGAAAUCGAGAACUACGUGGUCUACUUCCCGAAUUUCAAUUUAACCAUGAGAGAUCCUGGAAACUACGGCGAACUGGCGAUGAUCACUCUGCCUAAGUACGUUCAAGCUCGUUUCGUCAUCUUGGGGAUUGUCAGCUACAUGGACAACGCUUGCUUGAAGUUUGAGCUGAUGGGCUGCGAAGAGCCCGUGGCAGAACCAUUAUUGGGUUACGAUUACGGUUUCUCUCCUUGCGUGGAUAACGAGCCGCCAGUGUUCCAGAAUUGUCCUCAGCAACCUAUAGUAGUGCAGAAGGGAGCUGACGGUGGAUUGCUGCCUGUGAACUUCACUGAACCCACGGCCAUCGACAACAGCGGAAGCAUCGCCCGUCUUGAAGUUAAACCUCACAGUUUCAGGACACCUUUGAGAGUGUUCGAGGACUCCGUGGUUAAAUACGUGGCAUUCGAUUAUGAUGGAAAUGUCGCCAUUUGCGAGAUCAACAUCACUGUUCCUGAUCUGACGCCACCCAAGCUUAGCUGCCCACAGAGUUACGUGAUCGAAUUAGCCGACAAGCAAGACAGUUACGUGGUUAACUUCAAUGAAACUCGAAGACGUGUGAACGCCACCGAUGCCUCUGGUCCAGUGAAGAUCACGUUCGUCCCGGAGAGAGCAGUGAUACCAAUCGGUAGCUUCGAGAAUGUAACUGUUUACGCCACUGACUCUAGCGGCAACCGAGCGUCCUGUCACUUCCAAGUGUCAGUGCAAGCAACACCUUGCGUGGACUGGGAACUGAAGCCGCCGGCUCAUGGAGGAUUGAAAUGUGUACCUGGCGACAAGGGUUUGCAAUGCAUAGCAACUUGCAAGAAUGGGUACAGGUUCACCGACGGUGCUCCGGUGAAGACUUUCACUUGUGACGUUAAUAAACACUGGUCCCCCACUUCAGUUGUUCCUGAUUGUGUCUCUGAGAACACUCAACAAGCCAACUAUCACGUGGUAGCGGCAGUAACUUACCGCGCCAAUGGCGCAGUCUCGAGGUCUUGUCUUCCACAAUACCAGGACCUAAUGUCCCAAUAUUAUAUAAACCUGAACAACAUUCUGACUCAACGCUGUUCCGCUGUUAACGUAAACAUGAACGUGUCGUUUGUAAGGUCCGUACCUUACCUGCUAGAGGAGAACGUCUUGAAGAUGGACUUCAUUCUUGUUAUCGUUCCUGCCAUACGUCAGCCUCAACUGUACGACCUCUGCGGGUCCACGUUGAAUCUAAUCUUCGAUCUCUCCGUGCCUUCCACCAGCGCAGUCAUCGAGCCACUGUUAAACGUCUCCUCUAUCGGCAACCAGUGUCCUCCGCUGCGAGCCUUGAAGUCGUCUAUCACUAGAGGCUUCACGUGUAGCAUCGGAGAGGUUCUGAACAUGGACACCAACGACGUGCCGCGAUGUUUACACUGUCCCGCUGGCACGUUCGCCGGAGAAAAGCAGAAACAAUGUACAUCCUGUCCGAAAGGCUUCUAUCAGAAUAGCGACCGCCAAGGAUCCUGUCUGCGCUGUCCAUUCGGCACGUACACGGAAGAAGAAGGUUCCAAGAGCAUAGACGAUUGCGUGCCAGUUUGCGGAUACGGGACGUACUCGCCCACUGGCCUGGUGCCUUGCUUGGAAUGUCCUAGGAACAGCUACACAGGGGAACCACCGGUCGGUGGCUACAAGGACUGCCAGACCUGUCCAGCCGGAACGUUCACGUACCAACCAGCUGCGCCAGGUCGCGACCGAUGCAGAGCCAAGUGCUCGCCUGGCAUGUAUUCGGACACUGGGCUAGCACCUUGCGCUCAGUGUCCCAAGGACUUCUUCCAGCCCCAACACGGAGCAACCACAUGCGUCGAGUGUCCAACGAACAUGUACACGGAUGGUCCAGGUGCAGUUGGUCGCGAGGAAUGCAAGCCUGUACAGUGCACUGACAGCGUUUGCCAGCAUGGCGGCCUAUGCGUGCCCAUGGGUCACGGUGUUCAGUGCUUGUGUCCGGCUGGAUUCUCCGGAAGACGGUGCGAAAUCGACAUCGACGAAUGCGCAUCUCAACCGUGCUACAAUGGCGCGACUUGUAUAGACCUGCCGCAGGGGUACAGGUGCCAAUGCGCGAAUGGGUACUCUGGAAUCAACUGCCAGGAGGAGAAGUCGGAUUGUAGUAAUGACACCUGUCCUGAAAGGGCGAUGUGCAAAGACGAGCCUGGGUUCAGUAACUACACGUGUCUGUGUAGGUCUGGGUACACCGGAGUCGACUGCGAUAUCACGAUAAACCCAUGUACCGCAAGCGGAAAUCCAUGCAACAACGGCGCCACCUGCGUAGCCCUGCAGCAGGGUCGCUAUAAAUGCGACUGCUUGCCAGGCUGGGAAGGCCAGAGCUGCGAGAUCAACACCGACGACUGCGCAGAGAAGCCUUGCCUGCUGGGAGCUAACUGUACCGACUUAGUGGCUGACUUCAGCUGCGACUGUCCUCCAGGAUUUACUGGCAAACGGUGUCACGAGAAGAUUGACCUAUGCUCGGGCAAUCCUUGUCUGAACGGUAUCUGCGUGGACAACUUGUUCAGCCACGAGUGUAUUUGUCAUCCUGGCUGGACUGGCUCAGCUUGUGAAACCAACAUCAACGAGUGCGGCAACAAACCUUGUCGGAACAACGGCCAGUGCAUCGAUCAAAUAGAUGGGUACACCUGCACCUGCGAGCCAGGGUACACUGGCAAGCAGUGUCAACACACGAUCGACGAUUGUUCUUCGGACCCCUGUCAGAACGGAGGCACUUGUCUAGAUCAAUUGGAAGGGUUUGUGUGCAAGUGUAGGCCAGGUUUCGUUGGCCUCCAGUGCGAGGCAGAGCUGGACGAGUGUCUCAGCGAUCCUUGCAGUCCAGUGGGAACGGAUCGCUGCGUCGAUCUCGACAACACCUUUGUUUGUCACUGCCGUGAAGGUUAUACAGGCGCUGCUUGCGAAAUUAACAUCGACGACUGCGUAUCUGGCCCGUGUCUGAACGGCGCUACGUGCAGAGAUGAAGUUGGCGGGUUCAAGUGCAUGUGUCCAGAAGGGUGGACCGGCGUUCACUGCGAGAUCGAUGUGGGAAUGUGUCAGAAUCACCCUUGCCAGAAUGACGCGGCGUGUGUCGACUUGUUCGUUGAUUACUUCUGCGUAUGUCCAUCGGGAACUGAUGGGAAACAAUGCGAAACCGCUCCAGAACGUUGCAUUGGAAAUCCGUGCAUGCAUAACGGACGUUGUCAAGACUUUGGAUCUGGCCUUAAUUGCACGUGUCCCGAUGACUACACUGGAAUCGGAUGUCAGUACGAGUAUGACGCCUGCCAAGCCGGUGCUUGCAAAAAUGGCGCCACGUGUAUCGACGAUGGGCCUGGAUUCACUUGCAUUUGUCCAGCAGGAUACACAGGUAAAACGUGUGAGGAUGACAUAAUCGACUGUAAGGAGAACUCGUGUCCUCCGUCAGCAACGUGCAUUGAUCUUACUGGCAAAUUCUUCUGUCAAUGUCCGUUUAACUUAACUGGAGAUGAUUGUAGAAAAUCAAUCCAAGUGGAUUACGACUUGUACUUCAGUGAUCCAGCACGUAGCAGUGCUGCCCAAGUAAUUCCAUUCUUCACUGGUGGAAGUAAAAGCUUGACCGUGGCUAUGUGGGUACAGUACCUUCAAAAGGAUGAGGCUGGAAUCUUCUUCACCCUCUAUGGCGUUAGUUCAGCGCAUGUACCAACAAACCGUAGAUUGAUGAUACAAGCACACAGCAAUGGUGUCCAAGUAUCUCUGUUCCAUGACUUGCAAGAUGUUUAUCUACCAUUCCGAGAAUACGCGACCAUCAAUGAUGGCCAAUGGCAUCAUGUUGCUGUGGUUUGGAAUGGCGAGAACAGUGGUGAACUGGUUUUGAUCACUGAAGGACUUAUCGCUAGCAAGACUGAAGGCUAUGGAAGUGGUAGAUCUCUGCCAGCUUAUGCCUGGGCUGUACUAGGAAAGCCACAAACUGAAAACGCAAAGGGUUACACCGAAUCUGGAUUCCAAGGACAUCUGACCAAAGUUCAGAUUUGGAGCAGAGCAUUGCACGUGACCAAUGAAAUACAGAAACAAGUUAGAGACUGUCGCACUGAACCUGUUCUGUACCAAGGUCUGGUACUGACUUGGGCUGGAUAUGAUGAGACAGUCGGUGGUGUUGAGAGAGUAGUACCAUCUCACUGUGGUCAGAGAGUCUGUCCACCCGGAUAUGGUGGCAGCAAAUGCCAACAGCUGGAAUCCGACAAGAUUCCACCUAAAGUUGACCACUGUCCUGGUGAUCUAUGGGUGAUUGCCAAGAAUGGUUCAUCCAUUGUCACUUGGGAUGAACCAAGAUUUAUUGACAAUGUUGGAAUAGUAAAGAUUCAAGAGAAGAAUGGACACAAAUCUGGACAGACACUGAUGUGGGGAACUUAUGACAUCAGUUAUGUUGCUUAUGAUCAAGCUGGCAACUCUGCCAGUUGUAACUUCAAGGUUUACGUGUUAUCUGACUUCUGUCCUGAAUUGGCUGAUCCAAUUGGAGGUACCCAACAAUGCAAAGACUGGGGCUCAGGCGGACAAUUCAAAGUUUGCGAAAUCUUCUGCAACCCUGGCCUCAGGUUCUCUCAAGAAGUACCCAAGUUCUACACCUGUGGAGCAGAAGGCUUCUGGAGGCCUACCAACGACCCAUCUCUUCCACUGAUCUAUCCUGCUUGCACAAGCGCCACACCAGCUCAACGUGUCUUCAGAAUCAAAAUGAACUUCCCGACGUCGGUGCUCUGCAACGAAGCCGGCCAAGGUGUGCUCAAGAAAAAGGUUAGAGACGCUGUGAACUCCUUAAACAGGGACUGGAACUUCUGCUCGUACUCCUUCGAAGGAACACGCGAAUGCAAGGACUUGAACAUCGACGUGCAAUGCGACCACCGUACACGCACGACCCGCGAAACGAACGAAGAAGAUGGCGGCACGUACAUCAUUUCGGCAGUAGUCCCAGCGGAAUCAACGAGACAAGCGCGGCAAGGCAGUGAUACCUACGAGGUGGAGAUCUCGUUCCCAGCGAUAAACGACCCGAUUCUGAACGCUAACUCGAACGAGAGAGCGACAGUCCAAACGCUAUUGGAAAGACUGAUCCUGGAAGAGGACCAAUUCGACGUGCACGACAUUUUGCCGAACACAGUGCCCGACCCAGCAUCCCUGACAUUAGAGUCCGAUUAUGACUGUCCGGUUGGGCAAGUGGUGAUGGCGCCAGAUUGCGUACCCUGCGCCGUGGGAACCUUCUACGACGAAGAGACGAAGCAGUGCCUAUCCUGUCCAGUCGGUAGCUAUCAAAGCGAGUCAGGCCAACUGAAGUGCAGCUCCUGUCCUGUGAUCGCCGGUCGCCCCAGCGUAACAGUGGGUCCAGGUGCCCGAAGCGCAGCUGACUGCAAGGAACGUUGCCCAGCUGGGAAGUACUACGACGACGUGGCUGGCCUCUGUCGCAGCUGCGGUCACGGUUUCUACCAACCCAACGAGGGAAGCUUCUCUUGUCUACUGUGCGGGCUAGGCAAGACCACCAGAACAGCUGAAGCUGUGUCCCGCGAGGAGUGCAGAGAUGAAUGCGGAUCAGGACAACAGUUAGCAGUAGAGGGCAAGUGCGAACCUUGUCCUCGCGGUAGCUACCGUACUCAAGGUGUCCAGGCUGCCUGCCAGGCUUGUCCGACUGGCAGAACUACACCGAACAUGGGAUCAGCGUCGAUAGAAGAGUGCUCCCUUCCUGUCUGCGAUCCUGGCACCUACCUGAACGGAACUUUGAACGAAUGUAUGCAGUGCAAGAAGGGCAUGUACCAGUCCGAGCCGCAGCAAACAUUCUGCAUCCCUUGUCCACCGAACACUAGCACCAAGGGAACAGCGGCGACCAGCAAGUCUGACUGCACCAAUCCCUGCGAAACCAGUGACGCAGAGAUGCACUGCGAUGCGAACGCCUAUUGCCUGCUGAUACCGGAAACCAGUGACUUCAAGUGCGAGUGCAAGCCGGGCUACAAUGGCACCGGUACCGAGUGCACCGACGUCUGCAUGGGCUACUGCGAUAACGAGGGAGUGUGCCUGAAGGAUUCGCGUGGACAGCCGUCGUGCAGGUGUAGCGGCAGCUUCACUGGCAAACGGUGCACGGAGAAGUCCGAGUUCUUCUAUAUCACCGGUGGCAUCGCUGGUGGUGUUAUCCUGAUCAUCUUCGUCGUCCUCUUGGUGUGGAUGAUCUGCGUCAGAGCUUCUCGCAAGAAGGAACCGAAGAAGAUGCUGACACCAGCAACGGAUCAGAACGGUUCGCAAGUGAACUUCUAUUACGGUGCACCAACACCGUACGCGGAGUCCAUCGCGCCGUCCCAUCAUAGCACCUACGCUCAUUAUUACGACGACGAAGAAGACGGGUGGGAAAUGCCUAACUUCUAUAACGAGACUUACAUGAAAGAGAGUCUGCACAAUGGUAAAAUGAACAGUCUCGCUCGUUCGAACGCCAGUAUUUAUGGCACGAAAGACGAUCUGUACGACAGACUGAAGCGUCACGCGUACCCUGGCAAAAAAGACAAAAGCGACAGUGAUAGCGAGGGUCAGUGACGGCGACGAGCGGCGACGUUCUACCAGCGUAGAAUAUAAAAUAAAAUUUAUCAACGUCCCCGGUGUGCCCAACAACGGGGACCGUUGCUCCAACCGUCGAAUCUAAUUAUUUAUUAUUCCCGAGACGAAGGUGUUGUACCGAUAGCGUGUAUACAGGGAAUCGCGGCGGUUUCUCGCGGAACGAGACGUUUCGCGACCGCGAUGUCUCGGAUGCUCGCGUUCCGGUCGUGUAUUUACACUUACGAAAAAAAUGGCGCGUGUUAAUCGACGGUUAACCAACCGAGUCCUGGAACGAUGAUCCAUCGUGGAUCAUUGUUUCGGCAUCUGUCGGUCGAUUGAACGCCCAGUGAAAUUCGAAUGAGUGAGAGACCGAGUGAAUGAAUGCGCGACAAAGAGUAAGAGAGCAAGAGAGAGUGCGUGUGUGAGAGAGAACGCAGCUCACGCGUCACGGUUUUCAUGAAAAGACUACGUGCGAGGUUGUAAUUUUUUGUAAUUUAAUACCGUCUAGCCGUGUAAGGACUUUAUUAUAUUAAUUAACUCCUACGAUUAACGGUGCGAACGAGAGAGACCACGUGUGUGCAUGGUAUGUUAAUACUACCCUAAUACGUAAGCGAAUUUAUAUUUUGUUACUGUAGACACUCGUAUCGCACGCUGUAAAAUAAUAUUCCACGUAGGCGCGCGGAAA